AUGUCUUGGCUGCUCCCCUCCAUCCUUGUCCUCUCCACGCGCGUGCUUCUGGCACACCGCGCGGUCAGGGACGUGCAGGGUGCACUCCAACAAGGAUUCAUCGGCGCCCCCGGCCGUCAGUGGCCCUCGUCGAGCCCUGUGAAGUACGCCAAUGCAUCGGAAGCAGACCAGGCGGAGAUGAUGAAGGGAGUCGGCUGCUACUGCAAGAAGGUGGCUUCCAUCGAGGAUUGCGGGAGCGUCAAGGACGAGCACAGCGAGAAAGAUCCCAAUCGCUACAAGUGGUAUCAUGAAGACCAGGGCUUGUGCUGCAAAUUGGAUUGGACAUCCGUGUUCACCUUCGUCGGGUGGAGCUACAAGCGGCAGGACACCAUGGACCUUUGUUUGUCCGAGGUCCGGCCGGUUCCAAGUACAUCGUGCUGCCAUCUCAAGGACAAGAUCGGAUCGGUUGGCCUUCGGGUCAAGAAAGCCACUGCCGAAGCCUUCGUGUCGACAAACAUAUACUACGACAGUGAAAAGGGUCGCAGGUUUUUCAAGGUCUUAGAGUUUGACAUGGAAGACAUCAGCGAGAGCACGGACUACACGGGGCAGGCGGUGCAAGCGGCGGAUGCGCAGGGAUUUGUGAGGAAUGCCCAGAAAGCAGGCAUGUUCAAGGAGCUCCAAUGCUCUGAGGUUGAGCUUGUGAAAGAUGCGGGCCAAUGCGUCCUCCGAACAGAAGCAAGCAUGGAGUGCUGCUGCCACCAGGCUGCUCUUCUUGAAGCUGAGCGAUGCUUGCCACGUGAUGGUGCUCCCAGCGAGGUGAGCCCAGUUAUCGUUGAAGGUCACUACCACGAGACAAGCGAGCAUAGCCACAGGAAGGGGUCCAUCACUUUCGGAGCAACCCCAGACAGGAUGGAUUACUCGCACAUCUUCCCAGAUUUCGUGCGUGCCAGAGACCCUCUUCUUGCGGAUGACCCCGCCACUUCGGCCAACGAGAGUGAGAUGGACUUCAGUUGGCAACGGAUGGACCAGUGGACAUCAACUUGUGAAGCGACCGCAUCGGUCCCUUACGUUACAAGCUCAAGGCAUAGCAAGCGAGUCAAGAGUGGGACAACUUGCCACCGCGUAGGCAAGGUUACCUCUUGUCAUGCCCGUUACACAACGAAGAGUUGGACUACGUACCACCAGAAACAUGAGACGAAGUGCAUCAAGUACAAGUUCACUCGCCUAUGUGAAUCUGGACAGGCCCUGUACCGGAAGCAACCCGAGGGCACUUGUGCCCGGGAGCCGUCCCAGACCAGCGAUGGCGCAGUUCAGCUUGUUGACAUUGGCAGCCUGAGCUUCAUGUGCCCGAAAGACUAUAAGAGCGGCACACCAGGUGGACAUCACUAUGACCGUCGGUGCAGGUGUCCCCAACAGUCGGGAUGUUCGUAG